ACCUGCUCUGCUACAUGCCGCCGUAGGAGUGCUGGUGCUGGCCUGGUACCCACCUGGCCUAGCAGACGGCAACGGGGAGCCGCCAGCCAGCCUCGUGCCCUCCGUACUGGACGCUGCAGACAGACACGCCAUAGAGGUUGCCUUUCAUAUCCAGCCAUACAAAGGGCACGAUGACCACACUGUGCAUGAAAGUAUCAAAUACAUCACAGACAAAUACGGGUCACACGCAGCUUUUUGUAAGUACAAGACCAGCACCGGCAAGAGUCUGCCACUUUUCUAUAUCUACGAUUCCUACUUGACACCGUCUGAAUCCUGGGCCAGCCUUCUCAUGCCAUUAGGCUCCCACUCUCUCCGCAACACCGUGUACGACGCUGUGUUCAUAGCGCUGCUGGUGGAGGAGGAACACAAGCACGAUACACUCUCCGCAGGGUACGAUGGCAUGUAUGCAUACUUUGUGUCCAGUGGUUUCUCUUUUGGCUCAUCCCACCAGAACUGGAAAGCAAUCAAAGCUUUCUGUGACUCCAACAACCUGAUGUUCAUCCCCAGCGUUGGCCCAGGCUACAUUGGCACCAGCAUUUGUCCCUGGAACAACCACAACACUCAGAACAGAGUCAAUGGGAAGUACUAUGAAACAGCUCUGCAGGCUGCUGUCAUGGUCAGGCCAGAGAUCAUCUCCAUCACAUCCUUCAAUGAAUGGCACGAAGGCACCCAGAUCGAGAAAGGUGUACCCACGAAGACGCUGACACGCCUUUAUCUGGAUUACCUUCCUCAUCAGCCAAGCAUGUACCUGGAGCUGACUCGCAGGUGGGCAGAACAUUUCAGCAAAGAGAAAGAGCAGUGGUUGAUGUGACUUCAGGAUUUGCCUUAAUUGAAAAG